AUGCCUGUCUCUGUCCUCGAAUCAUCCGUUGUGGUCAAGACCACUGAGAAGCAAGGCGAGGCCCUACUUCUUCUCGCUCGACUCAUGGAAGGUGGCAAGAAGGACGAAGAGUUGUCGGUCGACCUUGCCAAACUGACAAAACUCCUCAACGAGGACGUCGAGCGCACUAAACAGGGCGAGCAAUCCAUCACCUAUGUUAUCGACAGCGAUUGCGUCGACACUAUCUUUCUCUACCUCGACAUGAGACAAUCCGACACCGUCCGGGCCCAAGCCACCCUUUGCACAGCAGCCUACCUCCAUGCUAUUGGCAAGCAGGGCCCAGAGUAUAUCAAUGAGUUUUUUCACGCCAGAAUGCGUCGGGGCCACUACGAAGACUACAUUAUCGCCUUUUGUGCUGCUGCGGCCAUAUUCCCCAUGGACUACGAUACCAUGUCAAAGCUCCUCCACACCGAUGGCUUUCUCCCCAGCCUUGCACCGCUGAUGAGCGGGAGGUACAAGAGCCGGAAGGCCGAGAUGGCUUGCUUGGAAAUGCUCAGCGCCGCAUGCAUGCAGACGAAGUGCCAUGCUGCUAUCUACAAGCAUUGCCUUUCUUGGAUGGAGGAUCUCAUCUUUGAGAAUCCCGAAUUACGUGUCGAGGCCAUGAUGGAACUCAGAGGGACCGAGGUUGAGCUUAAGGAAAUGACCGACGACUUGAGAAAGCACUGCGAGAAAACUCGCAGCCUUGCUGGAGUUAUCUGGACGAAGAUUAUGGUUAGCGCCCAUGUCCGUACACUUCGUCGUAGUGCCCGGAAGGCCUUUAAGAAGGCCGCUAAGAAGGCCGCUCCGAACGCCUGUGACGGGAGACUCGCCGCCCCCGUUCAGCAGAACCUAACACCCAGCCAGGGACCCGAACCCAAGAUUGAAUCAGCAACGCCAAAGUUUGAAGUUUUAUGCAAGAGGUUUGCCGAGAUGCUUGCCACCGAGGACCCCGAAGAUGUCCAGUAUGCGGUCGAGGGACUGGCAUACGCAACUACACGGCCUAGCAUCAGGGAGCAGCUAGCUCGCGACGGCAAAUCGUUGAAACAGAUUGUCAAAAUUCUUGAAUCGGCACCCCCGAAGUCGUCACUGGCGUACGGCGUUCUUAGUAUCAUUACCCACCUUACUCGCUACCAACCCGCCGAGACUGAGGAACAAAAAAGGGUAAGGGAACUCAAAGCCUAUGCUAACGCGGCCGGAAAGCUGCAACCCAAUCCUCUGAGUGACGAUGCUCACGUAUCAGAGCGGUGCAAACUUGUUUUUAGUUCUGGCGUCACUCCGCUUCUCGUCAAGCACUGCAAGGCGGCCUCGGUCGCAUCUCUAUCUCUCAUCAUCUCCAUCAUCUUUUCGUUCUCUGUCACCUCUUCGUUCCGCGGCCAGCUCGCCCAGCAGGGCGCCGUCCGCCUCCUCAUCGCAGCCUGGACCGCGCUCCCAGAAAAGGAAGAAACCACACGGCGGACCGCCGCCCAGGCCCUCGCACGCAUCCUCAUCUCUACCAACCCAACCCUUGUCUUCCGCCAACAAACCCCUCAAACCGCGGCCAUCCGCCCUCUCACCUCAAUCAUCCCUCCAGACCCCACAUCGGACACCCGGGAUCUCCUACCCACUUUCGAAUCCCUCCUCGCGCUCACCAACCUCGCAUCAACGGACGACGACCACGACACCACGCGGCGCGCCAUCGUGCGCACCGCCUGGGACGACAUCGAGGAACAGCUCUUCAGCAGCAACAUCCGCAUCUCGACCGCCGCAGUGGAACUCGUCUGCAACCUGGUACAAAGCCCCGCCGAAGCCAUCACCCUCUUCGGCGACGGCUCGCCCAAAGCCGCCACGCGCGUGCAGCUCAUCCUAGCACUAGCCGACGCCGACGACACCAAGACGCGCAGCGCGGCGGGCGGCGCCCUAGCCAGCCUGACCGCGUUCGACGCUAUCGUCCGCGCGGUGCUGCUCCAGCCGCGCGGGGCGGGGGUGGUGCUGGGCUUGUGUCGGGACAAUGGUGAUGAGGGGCUGAGGCAUCGGGGCGCGGUGGUGGUGCACAAUAUGCUUUCGCAGGAGGGCGAGGUAGGCCAGUUGGCGAGGGAGAAAUUGCUCGCCGCUGGCGGGGUGGAGGCGCUGACGGAGUGUGCUAAGAAGAGUCGGACGCCCGAGGUGGUGGAGGCUGUGGUGCAUGCCUUGAAGGUGCUGCUUGGGAAGGAAUGA